GGGGCUGGGCCCCUCACUCCCUGUCCAAAUGACCUUGAACGCGCGGUGUCCAGGCUCCGAGCCUCAUUUCUGCCCCCCACCACGCUGAGGGUGCGGACUCGAUGGCCUCCCAAGCGCUUUCCAGCCCUACCAUGUGACCCUAUAAAGCCCCUUCCUCUCCCCGGGCCUCGGCUUCCCCCCUCUAAAACGGGUAGGUCGGACUCAGAAGCCCCUUCCAGCUCUCCAUCUGUAACUCUGCAGUCGCUUCCUCUGCUCAGACCUCAGUUUCCCUCUCUGUAAAACAGCUCCAGCUGUGAUCCUUAAGACUAGCCUGUGGUCAGAUGAGUUUGACGUGGCAGUGGAUGGAGCCCUCGGUUCAAAUCCUGCUUCUUACACUUAUUGCCAGUGUGACCUUGGGAAUUCCCCGUCUCCGAGUCCAGGGAGGAGUUGGGACCCAGAGAUCUCUUUCGCAGGCAGUGAUUAGCGGGCUCAGAAAUUCACUUCCAAAAGACAACUUUCCAGCUGCCUGCUUCUUGCGGAGAAAUCCUAACUAGAAACCGGGGAGAAUGCCAAGUGUGGACACGCCUGACCUUUUUGAGGGGCCUCCCUUCCUGUCUGGGGAGAGGGGUGUAGAAUAUACUCGGGCAGAUGGAUCCCUGCGUCACCCAGAGCGGGCUAAAUGCCCGGAGUGGGGGCAGACUCGCGAUCUCAUUGGCUGAGGGAACUACCGGGGAGGAACUCCCCCCAAAAAUUUGGAGUCUGGGAGAGUCGUCUAGGGACACUUGGCCAGGCAGGAUGGACACAGGUCAUAGGACGUAGCGCCCCGUUCCAACCCUCGCCCGAGGCAACGCUGGUCCCGCUGUGGGAGCACACCAGGUACGAGCAGAUCCAGCUUGUCCCAGCUGAUCCCCCAGAGGCUUGUGGACCACUCAACAACGGGUUUUUCAUCCAGGACCAGAUUGCCUUGGUGGAGCGGGGGGGCUGCUCCUUCCUCUCCAAGACAAGGGUGGUUCAGGAACAUGGGGGUCGAGCAGUGAUCAUCUCUGACAACGCAGCUGACAAUGACAGCUUCUACGUGGAGAUGAUCCAGGACAGCAGCCGGCGCACGGCAGACAUCCCGGCUCUCUUCCUGCUUGGCAGAGAUGGCUACAUGAUCCGACGCUCUCUCGAACAGCAUGGUCUACCCUGGGCCAUCAUCUCCAUCCCUGUCAACGUCACCAGCAUCCCCACCUUUGAACUGCUACAGCCACCUUGGACUUUUUGGUAGAAGGGAUGCCAGGGCCCCCAUCCUCAAGACUCAGGACAGGAAAAGGAGGCACCAAAGCCGGGAGCUUCUGCUGUUUGAGGCUGGCCAACACUGGGGGAAGGGAGCUAUGUCUUGGGGACAGGCUGAGUGAUGAGGGGGCUCCCAUCCUUUGCCUUGGCUAAACAAACAUACCGUUGACCUCCCUCUUCCCUUUCCUCCAUACCUGCCCUGCCCAAGGUCCCGCACCUUGGGGGGACAGCACCCAGAGAUGCUGUCACAAGCUGGGGCAAAGGCACCAGGGAGGUGGGGGUGAGAAUGGUGCUGUUCUGCUUAAGUAGGGGCAAAGGGGAAACCCCUUUCCCUCACCUUCUGGGCAGCCACUGUUGUUAGCACAAUAAAGUCUUCCUAGAUUUUUAGUGAUGUCAGUUGUCUGCCUGUCAGAAUCGUCUUGUUGAGGCUUCCAGAGCUCCUAAGGCUCCAGUCUGACUUCCUCAACUAGAAAAGGAAACACCAAAAGAGAAAGAGAUGUGCCCAAGGUGCCCAGGCUCAUGGGGUGGCAGCCAAGGCCCUUCAUCAGAUGCACGUAAAAGCAUUUCUCAGAGAAGGGCUCCCACGGGCUUUCUGGCCUAUGCUGAAGGAGCCAAGACACAAUGAGAAAGACAGAGACUCAGACCGCAGCUUGAACAGCUGGCUUCCAAUCUGGCCUUGGGCAGACUCGAGGUUUGAGCUUGAGCUAAUGAGCUCCUGUCUGCCUUAGUGUCCUCACCUGUAAAAGACUUUCCGAGUUCACAAGGUCACCAUGAAACUCUAGGAGAGCUCAUCUCUGAGGACUGUCAGGGAGUGGGCAGUGAUGGGAAGAGCCUUUCAGAUUAAAUGGGCCCUCUGGGUCUGGGGUAGAAGCUUCCCACCCAGGGAGAAAGCCACUGGAGGAGGCUGGGAAGAGGGAUGGCCAAGAGGCAGGUCAGGGGAGGGCAGGAACUAGGAAAGAGCCAGUCCAUCCCCCCAACCUAAGCAAAAGUUGCCAACACUCCUUUCCAUCCAUUCUCCCCACUCACAAAGUGCAAAUGCAAUCGUGUACUAGAGGCACUCUGCAAACCCCACAAUGCUCUGUGAAGCAGCCAUAGUCCCCCCAGCUGCCAGAAAAAGCCAGGGACUAGGGGGUACAGAUCCGUGAAAGGUCCCCUGAGGGCAGCUGGGGGAGACUGACCCUGGAGACUCUCAUCCAUACAGAGGGGCCUGUUCACCAGUCACAGUUUAUUGAGAACACUGAAAGGCUGGGUAGGAUGGUGGUCAGCAUGGAGCGAGCACCAGACAGAACAGGGGGGAAAUGGAAGACGUGUGACAUCCCCUCCUCAGGGUGGGAGACAGAGAGGGAGAGGGAGACAGAGAAGAAGGAGGGGGAGAAAGGGAAGGAGGGAGUGAAAGAGACAAAGAGAAGGGAGGGGAAGCACAGCACAUCCUUUCACACAGCACGAGUGAUUAAGAGACCUGGGAGUGCCCGCCGACCUCUAGAUGAUAGAGCUGGGGCAGAGGGCCCAGACCAAUCUAAGCCCAAGGCAGGGGCAGGCACUGAUCACAUCCCUGGGGAAGGCCAGAGACUUUGUACUGGGGGGAGGAGAAAGGCAAGUCAGCAGGAUGGAGAGCCCAUGGCUGGCCACCGCUGCCCGCCUCUGCUCUGUUCCCUAGGUCCCCACUGUUCACAAGUCUGCACAGCACCAAAAGUGGGAAGGAGAGGAGGAAAGAAGGAAUGGCGUUGGCAUGGCAAGAAAACCAGCUUCUGAAGCCCCCAUGAUUGGAGGCUCACAGCAGAGGCUGUCAAUACAAAUGGCCUCCAAAUAGGAAGGGUGGGGGGCAGGCAAAUGGGGGCUCCACCCCCCCCCCAGGAGGAGACCCAGUUCUCUCCGCAAAUGAUCCCAGGCAAAGAGCAACACUCCAGCCCCUGUGAGUGCCCCAGGCUGCCAGCAGGGGCCGGUCCCUACCCUUCCAGGGAAACACUCAAGUCUCCCCCCCAUGCACAGUGGGCUCCAACAACCACCACCCCUGCCCAGGCAGGGAAGAAAAGGCACAAGAUGAGAUUCUGAGGGCUGGGGUAAGGAGCGUCGAGACCUGACUGUGAGGCUGAGGAGCCCCCAGAAAGGGAGGGAGGCAAGCCCAGGAGGCAGAAGGCCCUGCCAGGCAGAAUCCGCCUGCAGCCAUCCCCGCUGAAGGGGUGAGUGGGUUCCGUGCACCAACUAAAAGGAACCAGCUGAGACUGGGGAGAGCCAGAAAGUGGAGGAAAGCUCUGGAAGAGAGGUGAGGUCGACUGAUGCUUCCUCAGCAGGGACCCCAUACUGACAGUGCCCAAUAACUCAGCUUUGAUAUUUUGUUCCCAAAAUAAAUAAAUCAAUUAACAGGCUGGGGUAGGCAGGAGCUCCAAAAAGCUGCAGCCAAUCCUGGCCCCCAAAUGGAAUACUCCCGGGGAGGGCUUUCUAGAGGGGUGGGGAGGUGGAGGCGGGGCCUGGCCCCCAACCUGGGCUGCCCCUCCACAAGUCCAACGUCCCUGGUUUUCCACACAAGGUUCACGACGCCUUACUCCUUGGGCAGCCAGACUAGGGAGCGGGAGGUCAGAUGCUCCUCUCAGGUCAGGGAAUGAGGUUGGGGGGCAGCUUCCAAAGACCCAUUUCCUGCAUGAGGAGGUCAGGCUUGGGAUAUCAAACAUCAGUCAUCUCAUCCUCCAGCUCGGCGUCCUCAGGCUCACCCUCCUCCUCCUCCUCCUCCUCUUCUUCUUCCUCAUCAGAGGUCACACUGGGAUCCUCAGCCUCAGCCAGGCAUUUGGGGCAGGAACAGACAAACAGCUGCUCCCAUCCCCCUUUUUGCCCCCCCACCUCCUUCCCUUCUAGGGUACCUGAGAAUCUUGUGGCGGCUGUGACGGCUCCGCUCACGCUGGCAGCAGUCCAGGCUUGAUGUCCUCCAGGGCCGUGACAUGGAGAAGGAAAUUGUUUUCUGGGAAGGAGGUCUCUGCGUUGGGGACACAGCUGUGAUUGCCUGAGAGAUAAGGGGGAUCAGGAGAAUGGUAAAUAAGAGAGCGGGCACUUGCUGCCACCAGCCAAGGCUUCCCCCGAGAUCACUGAUCCUUAUGGGUUUGAAGGCUCAGGGCCAGCAGGGACCUACGAGCAGAUGGGGAAGCUGAGGCCAAGGUCACCCAGGUGAUCAAAGAGAGACUUUGUGGGGAGCAUUUUCACUGACCUCUAACUGAACCUUCUGAGGGGUCCGGACAUUUCACCAGACUGCCCAUGUGUGAGUGGCGCAUGAGCCCCACAAAGGGAAGAACCUCUGCCCCCUGAGCCACUCCCUAAGGCCCUAUUCCCCCCUGCUUGGCAGUCCAGGAUGCCCACAAUGACCUGGCAGGCACAUGGCCCUAUGGGGCAGGCAGGAAAAGACUCCCUUCCUCCCCUAGUGGGGGCCAGGCUGUCCCUCACAUGCUGUGGGGGUCUGAAGCCACUGAGGAGCCAGAGACACCCUCAAAUGACUCACAGCAGCUCUGGAGCACGAAGAGCCCGGAUCCUUCACAGUUGAGGAACUCACCACUCACUGUAAGAGAGACAGAUGGAUGGGUGUGGCAGCAGGGGAGGCCCAGAGGGCAUGGCCUGAGCUCACCUCCUCCCUGAACCCCCUGCUUCCCGCCUGCCCUGGACCCUUUCCAGCCCAACAAUGGCUCCGGCCGUCGGACAUGACUGCCUAGGCCCCUCACAUUCUGUGCAUGACUCCCAUCAGACGAGGAGCUGGCUGUGUAUGCAGAAGGGGACAAUGGAGCAGGCCCCACCCACCUCUCUCAAUGUCCUUGUACAGCUGAUCAAUGAACGCAUCCAGCUGCUCACGCUCCUGGGGCUUCAGGUCGAGGGCAUCACAACCGUGGACCCACUGACUCAGGGAACUGGGGGACACGGAGCAAGCCAAGCAUUGGUGGAUGAGGGGUCUCCCCAGCCUCAGAGUCAUCCCCCCACCCACAGCCGACACUGUGGUUGGGGGAGGCACCAAAGGCACUGACCCAGAUGGCCAGCACUGAGAGGCCAAAAAACAGAACAAGACCCAAACCACGGACUGCAGGAGCAGCUGGCGGGCAGACCCCAGCCCCAACUUUCAUCUGUCUUUGUUACUGGCUAUUUCACUGUGGAAUCCUGAAGCCCCCAGAGGACGGGCACUCCAGGGCCUGCCUCCAGAACAGUCCAUCCCCAAAAUGCACUUGACACAGCAGUCUCUUCAUCCCUUGUCGGUGCCAGGGACCCUGGAGAACAGAGGGGACACCUCCCACUGUCCUUGGCUCACCUACCCCAGGUCCAGCCCAAGGCUCUGCCCACAGGACAUGCUCAGUGGAGGGGGAUGACCAACCUUCCACUUUCCACUGCUGCCUGGCCCACUGGUCAAUGGGAGACAGCCCCCUCCCCCCCAGCAGAUGUCCUCAUUACCUGGUCCCAAUUCCUUGACCAUUUGUCCCAACAAGAGCAAACAGAGACCGGAAGCCAUCUGGAGUAAACCACUGCAUGUUAAACCCAGAGGGAGAGAAAUGAGAAGAGGCAGGUCAAGGCCAAGCUUUGGGCCAAGUAUGUGCCCUAGAAAGCUGCCCCUGGUUAAUCCCUGCCCUCCCUCCCUUCCCACUGGGGUCCCUCACGCCCACCACUCCUCAGUCUCCAGGCCGAGCCCUGAGCUCUCCCUUGAGCUGCAGACACAAAUCUCCAGCCAUCCCUGGGAGAAAUUUCCAUGUGGUUAAGGCAGAACUCGCUAGCCACACAGUGACUUAGAAAGCCACAUAUCACGUUGUAUUUUUAUUUCAUUAAACAUUUCCCAAUGACACUUUAAUCUGGUUUGACACCUGGAGGGCGGCAUCAAGUCCCCGUCCUCAGGAUCACCUCCAUCGGCACACAGCCGAUCCAUUUCCAACCCUUUCACCUACACAACUGCACCAGCCCCAAGUCCCUCCUGGGCCAAGCCAUCCACUCCACAGAUGCCAAAGUGAUUCUUCCAAAGCCAGGCUCUCUCUACUCAGUGAGCUCCAGGGGCUCUUCAUCGCCUUGCGGAUCGAACAUAAAAUUCUGCCUGGCUUCUAAAGCCCCCCAUUAGCCCCUUCCUCCUCAUCCAGCCUUCUGUCCUUACUGCCUCCCAUGGAUUCCCAUGGCCUCCUGGUUAGUCCUCCAACCCAAUGGCGCCACUGCAUUGACUGGACCCUCCCCUCUGCUUCUUGGUCUCCCUGGCUCAAACCCUACCUUCUGCAGGCCUGUCCCGGCCCUCCCACAACUGCUAAUGUCUUCCCCUCUUUGAUUGCACAUAUCUUGUGUGUGCCCAGGUGCCUGCCGUUACCCCCUUACAUGGGAGCUUUUGGAGAGCGGGCCCUAGAUUUACCUUUGUUUCCCCAGCACUCGGCAUGGUGCCUGGCAUACAGUGAGCACUUAAUAAAUGCUUACAGUAACUGUCA